AAGCUAAAAGUCCAGUCCCAGCAAUCAGGGCACGGAAGUUUCGUGUAAUGUAGUUUUUUCAGCUGUGGAUUUGCUGCUGCUUGAUUGCUAAUAUGGAACAGACUCGGGAUAUGUCAAAAACAUUAUGAACACAAGACCUUCUGGGCAAAGACUUUACCAAUUCCCUGCAAUUAGAUAAAGGCCACAGAAUCCAUCACCAUAAAUCAUGUUGGGGAAAAAGCCGGUGACAGCACAGAAACGAGGGGAGACCAGAGCACUCUGCCUGGGCUUGGGAAUGGUAGCAUGCUCAGUGAUAAUGUAUUUCUUUAUCGGAAUCACCAUUGUACCCUUAUACAAUAAAAGUGUCUGGACCAAUAAAGGUAUAUGCGAACUGAAAAAUGCCAGCAUCAAGGAACAGCAGCAGUGUUUAUUCAAUGAUGGCUCCAGUGAUGAAAAUAAGUUUCAAUAUCCUUGUUUGGACAUCAUGGUCAAUUUGACACCUGUCGGGCAGGUGGUAAAGCUUUAUCACCAGGAGGAGACCGUGUUCAGAAACCCCAAGUGCUCCUACAUCCCCCCGACUCUGAAGAAUUAUACUGCAGUGCAAGAGAAUGUAGAAAAAGUAAGACAAAAUUUCACAGAAGCCCAGGUGUUUUAUUGUUAUUAUGAUCCAUCAGGACAAGAAGCCACUGUCCUUUUAUACAGACAAUAUCUUCCAGAGUUCCUUUUGUUCACUUUUGUCUGGCCAAGUCUGAUGUUGAUUGGUGGAGUCCUGAUUAUUGUCCUGGUGAAAAUAAGUCAGUAUUUUUCUAUACUCUUAGCUCCACAGUACAGAACAGGUAUAUAGAAUGUCCCAAUGUUUGCCUGUAUCUUACAUUCACAUCUAUAUCCAAGACAAGCUGUGAACAAUUUCUGAAGUUUAUUCACUGUGAAGUAACAAGGUAGGAAGCUUAAAGGACACACGGAUAAGAUUCAGAGCUGGAGGCCAUCCAAAUGAGACACAUUACUGUGCUGCUUUUGAUCAGAUAAGACUUGCAGAGUCAGCUUUUGUUCAUAUUUCAAGUUCUGAAUUGUUCCAUGAUCAGAAAGCUGGGCAAGGAAAUUGGCUAUAUUCUCACAUACACUACUGUUGAAACUGUGGGCUACUCAGAACAUUUUACAGAUUGAAAGCACCAGUUAUUUUGGGCCAACUUAGCACAGACUUCCAUGUAAGCAUAGGCACGAGUCCUUCCUUGUACACUAUGAGGGCUAGAUUUUAAAACUAAUUAAUAUGACAAAAAGAAAGAAAGAAGCUAUUUAACAUGAUGUGGAAAAUGGAAGAACAUUCAUGUCCUGCCAUCUGCUCCUCCUCCCCAAAGAAACCCAAAUGAAUAUUAUAUUGUUAGGAUGCGACAUUUGCAACCGAAAUUAUUCAACACCCAUUGCAAAUCAGGUUUAUUAUCAAAAUUUAUAGAUUUUCACCCCCAAAAAAAUCAGCAAUGAAGAUUUUUGCAAUGAUCAAAUCAAACAAAAGUCAUUGAAAUAGCACAGCACAAUGGAUGCUUCGAGUGAUUUUGCAACUUCACCAGCUUUGAAAGCAAGCACUACAAGCAACUCAAUGUACUGGUAAAUUACCACAAUGCACUGUUGCAGCUGUUGUCAUUACCUGUGCAUUAAGCUAAUGUUUAAAGCUUCAUUGCUCACUGAA